AUGGCACUGGAGGCCGUGCUGCAUUCCCGCGGUCUGUUUGGUCGUCGGUGCGCCAUGGAAGGAGGAGGUGGAGUGGGGGGAGGAGGAGGUGGUGGUGGGGGAGGUUGGAGCGGUGGUCUGUUUGGUGGGUUCGAGGGGGUGAUGGAUUUGGACGGCGGCAACUGGGACGCGGCUGCGUGCUCGUCGAUGCUGCUGCAUGGGUUCCAGGAGCUGGAGAUUCCUGUAGCCGCCGCCGUGGCGCCGGCGCCGCCGGGGGAGCAUGCUGUUGUUGUUGCUGCCGCCGGCUGCGCGGAGAAUGCGGGAGGGAUUGGUGGUGGUCAUCAGGAGGAUCAGGCUACGGCGGUGCAGGCGCGGAGGCGGAAGCGGCGGCGGGCGAGGGCGGCCAAGAACAGGGAGGAGGUGGAGAGCCAGCGGAUGACCCACAUUGCCGUCGAGCGCAACCGCCGCAAGCAGAUGAACGAGUACCUCGCCGUGCUUCGUGGACUCAUGCCGCCGUCCUACGCCCAAAGGGGUGAUCAGGCGUCCAUCGUCGGCGGCGCAAUCAACUUCGUCAAGGAGCUGGAGCAGCUGCUCCAGUCGCUGGAGGCGCGGAAGAGUUCCCGGCAAUGCGCCGCGCGCGACGCGGCGGCGCCGUUCGCCGGCUUCUUCACCUUCCCGCAGUACUCGAUGAGCGCCACGGUGGCGGCUCCGGCUGUGAACGAUGACGUCCGCGACGACGGUGGAGCCAGUGCCGAGGCCGAGGCGUCGGGGUCGAAGCCGUCGGCGGUGGCCGACGUCGAGGUGACCAUGGUGGAGAGCCACGCCAACCUGCGGGUGCUGUCCCGGCGGCGGCCGAGGCAGCUGCUCCGGCUGGUGGUGGCGCUGCAGGGCCACCGGCUCACCGUGCUGCACCUCAACAUGACCAGCGCCGGCCACAUGGUGCUCUACUCUUUCAGCCUCAAGGUGGAGGAUGAUUGCCAGCAUACGUCUGUGGAUGAGAUUGCAACCGCCGUUCAUCAGAUCAUAGAGAAGAUUCAAGAAGAGCAGGGCUGUAGUUUAGAUUAGCAAUUAGCAUACCAACCAACCACGUAUUAGCAUGUAUGAAUGAUGAUGAUUAGUUCUUCUAGCAAGUGAAGCCACUACGUUGUGCAAACUAAUAUUAUAUCUUUAUUAUGUAGUUAUUAGCAGCUUCAUUAAUCAUUAGUGUUGAAUCAUUUCAUAAUAAUGG